GGAAACUGUAUCACUUUGGCAGAAGCAGUCGUCGCAACAAGAACGUUCUCCUACUGAAAAUGAAACUCCUUAUUUUGGCCGUUUGCAGUCUGGCUCUGGUGGCCGCCGAUGUCUCCCAUCUGUUCGGCCACGAGCACCACGAUCAUCCUGGCUAUAACUACGAUCCCCCGAGCAUUCCCUUCGAGCUGCCCACCCCUGCUCCGGAGUACUUGCCCCCGGUUCCCGUUACCCCCCGUGUGGUGGUGACCCCGGCGCCCACUUACCUGCCUCCCCAGCCAGUGACCCGUCCUCCACCACCACCUCCUCCGGUUUACCUGCCUCCCGUGACUGUGAAGCCCGAGAUCCCCGUUGUAAAGACCCCCAAGCCAGUGUACCUGCCACCCCCACCGCCAGUCGUCAAGGUUCAGCCACCCACUCCCGCCUACUUGCCACCUGCCCCCGUUGUUGUUCCUGCUCCCGUGGUGAAGGUCUCUCCACCCAAGCCAGCCUACUUGCCUCCUGUGGCUGCCCCCACUCCCAAGUAUGUGGCUCCUGUGGUGCCCACCUUCAAGAUCCCGAUCCCCUCGUACGCUGCCCCCCUGGAGGAGCCCGUGAACACCUACCUGCCACCCCAGGAGAUCGUGGAGCCGAAGAGCGAUGAUGGCUACCACUACGAUGCCCCCGCACAGCCAUUCCUCUUCUAAGCCAGAAGCUCAUCCUCAGCCAUUUGUUUGUUGUCUUCGAAUGUGUCGUGUCGUGUUUACCUAUAGUUAUUUAUUGUUUAACGAGCUCAGCCUGUACCCAAAAUAUGCAAAAUACCAAUAAAGCUUAGCACUGUGAAAACGUA